UUACCUAAUGCUGAGCCGGCUGCAGCAGGAGUCUCGCGAGAUUCUGCGAGGUGAUAAGUUGAAGAAACAUGGCGACGUCUAAUUUGUUAAAGAACAAGGGGUCCCUGCAGUUUGAGGACAAGUGGGAUCUGAUGCGGCCCAUCGUCCUCAAGCUGCUCAGACAGGAAGCUGUCACCAAGCAACAGUGGUUCGACUUGUUCUCAGAUGUUCAUGCUGUGUGUCUAUGGGAUGACAAAGGACCGGCCAAAAUCCACCAAGCCCUCAAAGACGACAUCCUCGACUUCAUCAAACAAGCACAAGCUCGAGUGCUGAGCCAUCAGGACGAUACGGCGCUCCUCAAAGCCUACAUUGUGGAGUGGAGGAAGUUCUUCACCCAGUGCGACAUCCUGCCCAAACCCUUCUGUCAGCUGGAGAUCACACUGAUGGGAAAACAAGGCAGCAACAAGAAAACCAACAUGGAGGACAGCAUUGUACGCAAGCUGAUGCUGGACACGUGGAACGAGUCGAUCUUUUCAAACAUUAAGAGUCGCCUGCAGGACAGCGCCAUGAAGCUGGUGCACGCCGAGCGGCUGGGCGAGGCCUUUGACUCUCAGCUCGUGAUAGGCGUACGAGAGUCAUAUGUCAACCUCUGCUCUAACCCGGAGGACAAGCUGCAGAUCUACAGGGAUAACUUUGAGAAAGCCUACCUGGACUCUACAGAGAGGUUCUACAGAACUCAGGCGCCGUCCUACCUGCAGCAGAACGGUGUCCAGAACUACAUGAAAUAUGCAGAUGCGAAGCUGAGGGAGGAGGAGAAGAGAGCGCUUAGAUAUCUAGAAACACGUCGUGAAUGUAACUCUGUUCAAGCACUGAUGGAGUGUUGCGUGAACGCUCUGGUGACCUCGUUCAAAGAGACGAUCCUCGCCGAAUGUCCAGGAAUGAUCAAACGCAACGAGACAGUCAAGCUGCACCUCAUGUUUUCACUGAUGGACAAGGUUCCCAACGGGAUCGAGCCCAUGCUGAAAGACCUGGAGGAGCAUAUCAUCAGUGCUGGACUAGCGGACAUGGUGGCUGCUGCCGAGACUAUCACUACUGACUCUGAAAAGUAUGUGGAGCAGCUGCUGACUUUGUUUAACCGCUUCAGUAAGCUGGUAAAGGAGGCUUUCCAGGAUGACCCACGCUUCCUCACAGCAAGAGAUAAGGCUUACAAAGCGGUCGUCAAUGAUGCCACAAUCUUCAAACUGGAGCUGCCGAUGAAACAGAAAGGGGUGGGAAUGAAGACUCAGCCGGAGUCAAAGUGUCCGGAGCUGCUGGCAAACUACUGUGACAUGCUGCUAAGGAAAACCCCGCUCAGCAAGAAACUGACCUCAGAGGAAAUCGAGCUCAAACUCAAAGAAGUGCUCUUGGUGCUGAAAUACGUCCAGAACAAAGACGUGUUCAUGCGUUACCACAAAGCUCACCUGACCAGGCGCCUGAUCCUGGACAUUUCUGCCGACAGCGAGAUUGAAGAGAACAUGGUGGAGUGGCUGAGAGAAGUAGGAAUGCCUGCUGAUUAUGUGAACAAGCUUGCCAGGAUGUUUCAGGACAUCAAGGUGUCAGAGGACCUCAAUCAGGUCUUCAAAGAGAUGCACAAACACAACAAGCUGGCACUGCCAGCGGACAGCGUGAACAUUAAGAUCCUGAACGCUGGCGCCUGGUCACGAAGCAGUGAGAAGGUUUUUGUCUCGCUGCCCACAGAGCUGGAGGACCUGAUCCCCGAAGUGGAGGACUUCUACAAGAGGAAUCACAGCGGUCGGAAGCUCCACUGGCAUCACCUCAUGUCCAACGGCAUUAUCACCUUUAAAAAUGAAGUGGGGCAGUACGACCUGGAGGUGACGACGUUCCAGCUCGCCGUGUUGUUUGCCUGGAAUCAGAGACCCAGAGAGCGAAUCAGCUUCGAGAACCUCAAACUGGCCACAGAGCUGCCUGACGCAGAGCUACGCCGAACACUCUGGUCUCUGGUCGCCUUCCCAAAGCUGAAGAGGCAGGUGUUGUCUUACGACCCACCAGUGAGCUCACCCAAAGACUUCACAGACGGCACGCUCUUCUAUGUCAACCAGGAGUUCUCUCUCAUUAAAAACUCCAAAGUCCAGAAGCGGGGAAAGAUCAAUUUGAUUGGUCGUCUGCAGCUGACCACAGAGCGAAUGAGAGAAGAGGAGAAUGAAGGAAUCGUUCAGCUCAGAAUACUCAGAACUCAGGAGGCCAUCAUCCAAAUCAUGAAGAUGAGGAAGCGGAUCAGCAACGCCCAGCUGCAGACGGAGCUGGUGGAGAUCCUGAAGAACAUGUUUCUGCCUCAGAAAAAGAUGAUAAAAGAGCAGAUCGAGUGGCUCAUUGAGCAUAAAUACAUAAAGAGGGACGAGGCGGACAUCAACACCUUCAUCUACAUGGCCUAGGCAGCGAGCACGGAGUGUGUGUUUUGCUGUUUUUUACGACUGGCCUGCAUCUGGCGCUUUAAAACCUGCGAGAUGAGACAGACGAGGAGUUAAAGGAUGUGUUUGAAGAAGGAGAAGAGGGUCGGGAGCGCGCUGAAGGACACGGAAAAGCCUUUUUAACAAAACUGUGGCUAUUGUUUGUGUUUGUGAGACGCCAGUGUGUUACCGGAGUGUCAUUUCAAGCCGUAGCGUUGAGUCAUCUGGCCGUGUGUUUGUCCCUGCUGCCCUCUAGUGUCUGCUCAGAGGAGAGGAACGGCGGCAUGCGCUGUCCGCCAGCAGCUCAGAAGAAGAAAAAAUAGUGAUGUAAUUGAAUACUUCCUGCCUUACUUUCAUCAGCAGUGGACUGCGGAGAAGGAGGUGGAGGAGUGAGGACAGAAAAGGAGAACAAAGCUGAUAUCAGUCCUUUGCUUUCACUUCAUGCGACGGCUGCCAUCUUAGCUGCAGCCACUUAGCAUCCCUCCUGUCCUACACUGAUCUAAUACUCAAAGAGGGAAUGCAGAGUGAAAGCUGCCAUCGAGGAGGAGAGAGACGAGUUCAAACUACCGAGGAGUAUUUUGCCAAAUCGUGUGUGUGUGUUUGAGUGCAUGGUGUGUAUCUGAUCUUUUAGUUGUGCGUGUUUGUAUGUGUGUGUGCACUUUCAACAGCAUGCUGCUCUAUGAUUUUUUUUUUCCCCCUUCAGUGGAGAAUCUGUCACAUUUUGUGGUUGUAUCGGAAAGGGUUGGGAAUUUAAAUGCUGGUAUUCAGAUUUUCUUUUGUGAUCCCCUGACCGGGCUGCAGGUGACGUCGUCUUUGCAGAGCCUCAAGAACAAAACGAAAAAGUGUAACUGCCCCAGUGUGUGAGGUCUGGACUGUGCACGCACUCAGAUGGAAGUUCAAUGUCUAAAUUUUUACCUCAUUCAUUGUAAGAGUGUCUUCUUUUUUCCUUUUCUUUUUGCACAGUUGGAGAAAACCACACAGCUGCUCAGUUGCUUUUACUUAAGGUUUGAAUGAGCUGCUGGUUUUUGGACCUUUUUCCAAAGCAGAACACUGUCUGAGUUUGUGUGAUGUGUGCGCACUGCCCUUUUGUUCUCCCUCUCUGCCUGAACUCUCAGAAACCUACAAAUCACCGUCAGCCCAUAAACCUUCAUAGUGUUUGAAGCAAAGCAACAAUUUAGUCCCUUUAAAGCAGCUCUCACAAUUCUGCAGCCAUAACUUUAAUUCCGUUAUCACCGGGACAUAAAAACUAUUUAGAAUUGUCAGUUUGUCUCUGAAUCACAAAAGCCUUUAAAAGAUUGCUGACUGCCUCAAAACAAGCUGAGCUUAUUCUACACACUCACACAGCUUUUCAGCUCGGUCCAGAGUAACAACACGAUUGUUUCUCAUCACACCAGAGCUCUGAAUUUGCUCCAUGCUAAUGGAGAUGGAGUAAAUGAUGAAAAAGUGAAAACUUUCCCCUUUUUAUUACCAUAAUGAGGACCUAGAAACACCUGCCACCACACAGGUGAAGUUCCUAACGUAUGCUGGGGUUUUAGGGGGAAUUAAAUAAAACAAAAUCACAGGAUGUAUCAGGAGGUCGGACCAAAAAAUAAUUUUUAGAGAUGGAAGUUGUGCUGUACAGCAGAUCCAUUACACUUUAUAUAAAUGGUAAAUGGCCUGUAUUUGUAUAGCGCUUAUCAUAAACCUGGCACAGGACGAGACCUUAAAGAAAAAAGACAACUAUGAACUUCCUGUUCGGGCUAAUGUGCUAUUUCCCUAUGUUAAAGAAUUCAGAGACCUUUGGGAGGUGACCGUGCACUGCAGUAAACACUGUGUUACAUACAGUAAAGGCACAGAGGCUGUUUUAUCAUAUUUAACCCAAAUCUUUGCAUUUUCCAUACAAUCUAUAAACAUUUGAUAAGCUUAUACUCGCAUAAGACCAACUUAAAUGAAAAACAUGUUGAGGAGAAACAGUAAUCCAGUGUCUGAUUGGUGGAGGGCACCAAAAAAUUCCACCAAACAGGAAACAACCCUGGAAAAGUAACGAGUUCUUCUUCUACUCUUUCUCACCUGAUUGUAAUUUGCCGCUGUAGCCUCUGCGUCAUCUUCAAAAUGAGUGUGAAAAUGUAGUUUGUCAGCUGACCGGUCAGUGAAUGCGAGAUCAGCUGCAGUGAAUUAUAGAGAAUAAAAAGCUGCUGGGGUAAAUAUGAAGCACCGGGGUCAUUACAUGGAAAACCAAUCAGUGCCCUCCACCACUCAGAAUCAGCUGAUUUUGUUUCUGUAAAAUUACUUUAGUGUAUUUAAUGAAGACAUGUAAAACUUUACCUCACACUAUGAUUUUUGGGGGGAAGUUGCAGACCCUUAAAGUACACAGGGUUGAGUGGAAGACUGAACUUUUUAAUUUAUUGAUUUCCAGCAUUUUUGAGCCCUCGUAACUCCAGAUUAACUUCACACCCACUCCAUGUGUCAUCAUCUUAACAGAGUUUUAGUUUUUUCCAUGAUUUUUGGACACGACAUACUGUGCAUCAUACUUCCAGUGGCUACAAAACUAUUUUACUUUAAUGUCUAUAAUUCCGAGUAACAGAACCAGGUUUUGGUAUCCUGGAGAAAAAGUGCAUUUUGGGUAAACCUUCAGUUGUCAUCUCACCAUGAGGGAUGGGUGGAUGAUCAAACCAUGUUAUGGCAUGUAAAGGUUUCAUUUUUAGCUACGUUUUGAUGCCAAGCUCACCUUCAGAGGUGAUCCCUUCAUAUUAAAAAAAUGUGGUUGAUUUUUAUCAGUUGCACUGGGAAUCGUUUUGCUCUUGUUGAACUGAGAAUCAAAUCCUGUGAGCAGUGAGGAAAAAGAAAGACGACCGUGAAUGUGUGGGGUUGUUUUUUGUUUGUUUUUUAAUAUUUAUUCUGUAUUUAUGAGGAAUGUUACUUUUUUUGUCCAUUUUUUUCUUGCUUUGUUUUUGCAAACAUGUCUGUUGCCGUUGCAGUACUGACUUAAACAGUACCGACUUACUGACGCUCUCUCCUCUGUUUCAGCCUGCAAAAAAAAAAAACUGUUAGUCUAAUUUAUUUCACUUUCCACAUAAAGAUUUAUCUGCAAUUUUGUCCAAAUGCUGAAGCCGCUUUUAAGUUUGUUACUACGACACCAUGAUGUUGAGAAUAAUCCAUUUUACACACUGACGUGCAAAAAAAACAUUUUAAAAAACGCUGGAGUUUUCUGAUUAUUGUAAACUCUUCUGAAUGCAGUGAGGCUGUCUGCCUCAGGUUUCACCUGAGAUGAAACUAACUCCACAUGUCAGUCGCAUUAUAUGCAGUUUUAUUCUCUAUGCACAGGCCUGGCUCACUUAGUUUUUUUUUUCUUUUUCUUUUUUUGUUUUUUUGCAGAUGAUACCCUGUUGUAUUUUUAAACACAUUUGAGGACACCGGGGGACUUUAAUGAGUUCUUUCUUUGUGUGAUCUGUGAGGAAAACACUCAUUUAAUUAUAUUCAGUCUCAUCUGUCUCUGUGUUAGUCAGUAGGGGGUUUCUUCCUUUGGCUUUCUGAACAGAAAAAUCUAUCCCAAAACUCUUAAGUCUCAGUGCUGGGCUGCUUUAUUCUUAUUUUCUGUCAAAGUUGAGGAGUUAAACAGUUAAACCUGCAGUAAUCUGUCACACAAAGCACAGAGACGUGCAGCCGAACUGCCACAAAAUCCCAAAUAAGGUGCACCAUCUAACCUCUUAUUCCGCUUGUUCCGGUGGUUUUAGAGAUAUGGUUUGCCUAAAAACAUCUAAAAAAGAAGAAUUGCUCCACGACUAUCAGGUCAGCAUGCAUGAUCUCUGUCUUUUAGGAUAGUUAAAACCUAAAAAUCUAAUCUGUGUGUCUCAUACUGUGCAUGUGUUAAGCUGCUUUACCCUGCUUACAGGUUAUCUGCAACCUGCUUUGCAACCCACCAAUACUCAAGCUCCAUUUUUUGUUUUUUUGUUUUUAAACUGCUGUUUCAGAUUUAUUCAGUUUCAGAUCCACAGUCGUAGGUGACAUGACUAGAUGGGUUUAUUUAUAGGCUUAAAUCCUCAAAUCCACAUACAGCUAACUGGAUGAAAGGCGUUUCUCAAUAACUGGACCCAGCACACUAAAUAUUUUUGGGGUGGCUCCUUCCUUUAUUGUUUCUGAUAAGCAUCUUUUUCUGAUUAACUUCUGGCCUCAAGGUGUACUGUGUCUUUUUGAUUGAAGAAGUUCCAACAAUCACAGAAACUUGGUCUGAAAAUCAUUCUUUAGAUGGUGGAUACUCAGAAAUGAUAACUAAGAAAUUCAAGUUUGUUAAUCUGUCAGUAAUCUGUAGUUGGAGGGGGAAAAUGUCACCAGUGAGAUUACAGAAGGGCAUCAAGGUACAAAGCUGGUUUUGCACUUAGAAACCUCCAAAAAUGUUUCAGGAACUGAAACAAAAUUUCAGCUUUGAAUCUGCCAUUUAAUUAUUUUUUUCUCUUUUGUUUUUCUCAGACUUCACCUCACUGUUGAUAGAAAUUAUCCUACUGAUGCUCAGCUCAUAGCCGGGCUAGUGGUUGUCUUCAAAGUUUAAGACUGAAAUAACAACCAUCCAUCCAUUUUCUUCUGUUUAUCCUUGUCAGGGUCACUGUGACCCCAGCUUGAUUCAUUCAUAUAAGCACUUUUAUUCUGUGCUUUCUUAAGCAUAGUUUUCAUUCAUCAUCCCAUGGAUGUGUUGGAGAGUAGCUUGGGGCUGGUAUCCUGCCCAAGGAUACUUGGUAUCUAGACUGGAGCAGCCAGGGAACCAGCAACUUUACAGUUAUAAGAUGACCUGCUCUACUUCCUGACAUAGAAAUCUAAAUCUUCUAAAUUUAGCUCAGGCAUUCAUGAAUCCAGAUGAUGUUUGUAAUCUUCUCACUUGUUCUGAAAUUUAUAAGUUUUAACUUAUAAGCAGAGGUAUCUGGAACAACUUCAUACCAAGCAGUCAGAUGUAUUUGUGGCUUCCAGAGGGUUGGGUUACUGUAACUCUGAUGUCCUUUCUAUUCAGCCCCUCACAGAAAAUUGUACAAAUCCUUUUUGGUCUUUGUGGGGUUUUUUGUCCUGUUAAUUUUUGACAUCAGCUUUAUUUGUUAAUGUUUGGAAAGUUUGCUGUUAUAGUACCAACAACAGAAGAGCUCAGUCUGACUCACUCCUUGCUUACUUGACAACUUUGGGUUUGAAUUCAAAGAAAGUUAAGGCAUCCUUCCCUGUGUGGCCACACUUUGAGAAAUUUAGAAUUCGUUUUCUAAUCACUUUAAUGUUUUUUGUUUAAUAUGUCACUUAUGUAGAAGUGAACACCUCCAGGUUAACUGAAUUUCCAUCCGCUUCAGCUGUGCUUUGUGUUAAGUGCUAGUUUUCAACUAUUACCAUGUAAACAGACUGAACUCAGAGGGUAAGCAUACCUGUUGCCUGUCAGAAUACGGGCUGAAGCCGAGCCUCACACAUUUGAAUUGUUUAUACAGGCUGACAAACUUGAAUUUCUUCAGAGGUUUUUCAGUUUCACUGCAUCAUUUCACAAGCUGUCAGUCUUCAAUAAAGGGACCCUUUUAUGCUUCUCACUGUAUGUCAUAUAUGUGUACUGUUAGAAGCUAUUUUACUGGCUAAAAUGACAGAGUAGUGUCAUUUAUGACCCCAUUAUUUAGCUUAAGGUUACUCUCCUGAUCUUUUAGGAGACUAUAAACUUUGCAUCAGUACCAGAUAUUACAAUAGAAACUCAUGAAAUGGACAGACUUGUUUUAAAUGGCUCUGUCUGUGUUUAUCGUACCUAUACUGUUUCCUUAUCUAUGACGUAUUCUAAGAUAUGUCUUAGAACUGAAGAAGCUUCUCUGAGGAGAGGUGGAACAUCUUCAAGAAACUUAAAGAAAUCCAGUUGCUUUUCUUUUGAAGCUCCUUAGAGUGCCAUGACCUGGAUGACUGGGAACCUACACAGACAUUCUAAAAUAUUCUUAGUCAUUUGUUUAUUCAUUAGUUUUCGAUCAUUUUUGUGCAAAAAGGAGUCGGCUGGACUCAUUACUACAUCAGCUGAGCUGUCAGUUUGGGCAUUAAAUGUCUGUCUCAGGGCUUCUGCAGCAGUAAAUCUUUGCAUUAUAGCUGUGUUAGCCGUGGUUCACUACAAAACAUCACAAUGAUUCAUUCCCACUUUCAAGCACAAACGGGGAUUAGAAAUGGGAAUUUACCCGUAAUGUCUAAAAACAUUAAUAUAUUUCCUCACAACUUUCCAUGAUCUUUACCACACACAUGGGCAAAUUAUAUUACAGAAAACUAUGAAAGGUUUUCAAAGAAGGAAACUGACAAAUUGUUGGGGAAACAUUUUUAAGAUUUAAAAAAAACACAGCAGUAAAUAUAAGUAUUUAGCUGAAGUCAUAAAUGACUCCACUCAGUCGCUUGAGUAUGGCCAGAGUUCCAAAUAAUGGAAGAGUGUGUCUUCCACACUCUGUCUAAAUGAGUGUGUCUAAAUGUGCUCAGUUUCACACGUUUUUUCCCUACUUUUGGACCUAUGAUGUCAGUGAGAACUAAUUGGCACAGAAGCCCUGCCUACUUGUUCAAGCGGCCAAUCAGAAAAAACUGGAUGAAAGCAGAUUGUUUCAGAGUAUGAAUUGAAAGACUGAACGAAAAUCCAGCGUUAGCUAAAUAAGAAUGAUUUCGAUCUUCGAGUCAUGCAAAGCUACUCUAUCAGAACCCAAUCAUCAAAAUAUGGAAAUAAGCAUAAGUGGACGCCUUUAAACUUCCGUAACUUCCUAAGCUAAAAAUCUGUUCAGACUGUGAAAUUUAAAUAAAGAGAAUCCCAUCAUUUGCAA